CCUCCGUCCGUACUCGCCUACUAAUCACAAUCGUUCGUUUACAAUCAGUUUUGGGGCAAGUUUGGGGUGUGGGUUUAGGGUUUUGUUUGGUUUCAUUCAGCUCAUUCUUGUUUGUACCACUUUUUGUGCGUUUGUACACCACAUCUUUGCAAUCUAGAGCCUUGUUUUCAAUGGUGUGAGUGCACUUAGUGUGGAAGUGUGUUGCCUGUACCCUUUUUCGUCGAAAAUGGGAGUUAACCUAAGUGGUCCCAUUCCGACCGGUAAGGUAAAAAAUUAGCCAAUUCCACACGCCGUUGCCCGUUGGCUUGGUUUGAUGUCCGCAUGCCUGUCAAGAAAUUCCCCUGACGUGACCACGGCACCGCCAAGAAGUCCGGUAGUUUGUGGUGAGAGAGCACUUUGUCACUUGUCAAGGCACAGUCUGGACCUCUGCCUACCUUGCUAUGGCACAAGCAGAAGAGGAUCAAGUUUCUAGCAGCGAACCAGCUGAGGAACUGUGGAACAUUGCUAUUACCUCUAAAGAAGAUAGUAGUAAUGUUCCCUCAAAAUCCUCUAAUGAGAUUUUGACGGAACUUUUUGGGGCUUUUAAUGCGGAGCCUCCUGAGUCACUUAUAGCUUCUCAAGAUGAAAGUGAAAAUGAAUCAACAGUUAAGAAACACAAAAAGAAGCAUAAAAAGGAGAAAAAACAUAAGAAAAAGAGCAAAAGUAAAAGACGAUUAAGUGGAGAAAACAAUGAUGUUUACAGCUCUGAUUCAGAGAAUGAACACGAUAAGCGGAAGGAGAAAAAACACAAGUCUAAGAAGAAACAUCGCAGAAAAAGCAGUGACAUGGACAGUGGCGAUGAGCAUAAGCCCAGGAAACGUUCAAGACACAGCAAAAGCCCAACUGUUGUAGUUAAAAAAGAACCGAUCAGUGAUUCAGAGAAGGACUCAACUAACGAGAUUGUUAAAACAAAAGAUAUUGUUAAAGAACCCACUAUUGAGAUCAAAACGGAGAAGGAAGUUAAUGGACAUGCUGAUCCUGAAACAAAUGAAGUGUCGUCAACAUCUGUCACUUGCCCAUCACCACCUUCCCUGUCAGCCUUGAGAAAGGAGGCCGAAGAAGACAAUUCAGGUUUUGAAAGUAUAAAACCUGCAGAAGCUGGUGAUGACAAAAUUGACAAAGCAAAGCCUGCAAUGGGAAAAAUUGUUAUCAAAGACUUGAAAUUCAGCUCUGUUUAUGAAGCGACAGUAAAAGAAGUUGAAGAACAGGCCAAAGCUAAGGCAGAGAAAUAUGAGGAGGGGGAACUGUCUGAUAGUUCUUCUCAAAAGACUGCAAGUGAUCUCUCUGAGGAUGCUUGUAACGCUCCCAGUCUAGGCUCAGAGGGUGGAGAACCAGCAGAACCUAGCGCAAAACCCAAUGACGAUCCAAAAAUAUCCAAGAGAUCUCAUAGCCAAGAGCGAAGCUCAAGGCACCACAAACGGUCCAGACAUAGAAGCAGAAGUCGAAGUAAAGACAAGGACCAUCAUUGUAGACACAAGGACAAACACCGAGACAAGAAUAAGGAUAAAGACCGGGAGAAAGAGAAAGAAAGAGAUAAGGACAAGGAGAAAGAUAGAGAAAAGGAUAAGGAUAAGGAGAAAGAUCGAGACAAGGAUAAAGAAAAGGAGAAAGAAAAAGAUAAGGACAAGGAGAAAGAGAGAGACAAGGAGAAAGAAAGGGAGAAGGAGAAAGAGAGAGACAAGGAGAAAGAAAGGGAGAAGGAGAAAGAUAGAGACAGACACAGAGAGAGAGAAAGAGAUAAAGAUAGGCAUAGAGAGAGAGACCGAGCUAGAGAGAGAUCACGGGACAAGGAAAGAAACAAAGAAAGGAACGGAGAAAGGAAGGACAGGGAUGGAGACAGGAAGGACAAGGAUGGCAAAGACAGAAGACGAGGCCGCAGCCGAAGCCGCUCACGUCAUGGAAGUAGAAAUAGAAGCUCAUCUCGCAGUAGAAGACGGCAUAGCAGAGAUAGGCGAUCAAGGUCCAGAGACCGUAAACGACCGGAUCACAUUGAUAAGAAAAAACUUUUAGAAAUUGCUAGAAGAAACGCUAUGAAUAUGCUUCAAGCAGGAAUUCUGCCACCUAGUAUGCUGGGGAAGGCUGGCAGUCCACCUUCAACAUCAGCGUCCUCAACUAGUAAACCUGAGAAAAAUGCUGCUAAAACGGUGGAUGAGCUCACAGAGUAUUGUAAGGAAUUGUCCAAGAGAGAAAACAUGGGUGAACUCUCAAGCUUAAGUGGGUCAGAGGACAGUGAUUCUGAAAAGGCAUUCCAUCAUCCUUUCUUAGUAAAGGAUCGACCAUCAUUUAUUUCAAUGAAUAUUAAGAAUGCUGUACCAUUACCUUGUAAAACGUCACGAGAGAUGACUGUAGAAUCAUCACAACUUCGCAUCCAGUUCCCUGUUUCAAGCGGACAGCAGCAUCGUAAAACUGAAAGUGAAUGGAUUCCUGUUACUCCUACCCCACUCGCACUUCCUGCUCCUCCUUCCAAGAAAGAUGAUAAAAAAUCAUCUUCUUUGAAGGCUAUUGAAGCCGCAAAACCAGUCGAUCCUGUUCCAACUUCAGCAUCAGCGCCUUCGACUGAUAUGAUCGACAUUGGGACCUUGGUAUCUGAAAGGCUAGCAGCAAUGAGAAGGAAACAUGAUAGUGAACAUAAUCAGUAUAGAGAUCAUAUGUAUGGCUGGAGCAAUGUAUUGCCUGGACAGUAUACAGGUGACACCGGAGUUCGGCCCCUGACCCCCCAGCAGCUUGCAUCUGGUGCUCAGGCAUGGGCUCGUAAAGACCAACUGCAGACAGCCACCCCUGUUCGAAGUGGUAUGGGAAUGACGCUCCUUCAGAAGAUGGGAUGGAAGCCAGGAGAGGGCCUAGGGAAAAACAAGGAGGGGUGCCAGGAACCCCUUCAACUUGAAGUAAAAAUGGAUCGCAAGGGCUUGGUGGCCGCUGAAGAGAUUCGAGCCAGACGUCCCCCACCUACAGUUGGUCAGCCAAGGGCUGCCAAGGCUCCUAACCCUGUCACUUUAGAAGGGAAGCACCCUGUUUCACUGCUGACUGAGUACUGCUCCAAACGCCACUAUGGAGCACCUCAUUUUGAGUUGUGCAUGGAAACUGGACCAGAUCACAAAAAGGAUUUUCUCUUCAAGGUACGUGUUAAUGGGUUGGAGUAUACGCCUAGUGCUGCUAGUCCAAACAAAAAACAAGCCAAGGCAGAAGCUGCAUCAGUUUGCCUGAAAGCACUUGGUGUUCUCAUCAGCUAGUCUGAAUCAAGAUGCAAUGAUUGGUAGCCACUGAUACAUUCAACCUACCAACCUACUUGUGUCUCUUUAUUUGCUACAUAAGCAUUUAGUUGACUUUAUAUUAUUAUUUUAUUAUCAUCUAGUGUGUCAAAGCCUGGGUCAAGUGGUAGUGUAAGGUUGUGUGCUCAUUUUAAAUGGUAUUCUCAUCACUCACAUCAGGGAAUUUUUAGUGUGCCUUAUAAAUUAAAAGCAAUUUUUCCUACUUGAGGAUUAAUACUUUUAUAAUCUAAGACUCCAUUGAUUAUUUUGUGUUUUAAAGGCAAUGUGAUGCCUCUCUAUUUUGUACUGUUGUUUGUGUCUCACAUUUUUGGGAAUGAAAGCAACAUUAAUUUUUGGCCUGUCCCAUAUCAUUACUAGAACAAUGUGUGAAAUGCUGUGUGUGAGAAUCCCAUCGUUAAUCUUCUCCAAGCACGUUUAAUGAUUUUUUUUUUCAGGUUUUGUUGGCUUGGUUCAAUAUUACAAUAGUCGAUGAUCACUGUUUGUUGCUCUCCAAUCAAGUUCCUGUUCUUGCAAUUUUAAUACUUAGUCCUGGAUGAUUGUCAAGUGUGGCUAAUGUAUGUUUUAUGAUUUUCAUGCACUUGUUCCCUUUACAUUAAUGCAUUUCAAGAGGUUUUCAGUUGUAAGUAAUUGAAAUAUCAACUUGAAACGGAACUGCAGAUGUGAAACAUCUUGGACUGGUCAGUCCAGAUCUUCCAGCUUGUCUGUGAUAUUGGCUAUUUACACAAAUGCCCUCUGUUUAGGUAUGUUUAAAGUGGUACCUGUUAGUUGAUUAUGUAGUAAUCUUGGCACACAAGAUUAAAAAUUUAAAACAAAAAAAUAAAAUUGGCACCAGGCUUUGAUAA